UUCAGCAAUGUGAGUCAUAAGGGUGUUUUCUUUCUAUUUUACUUUCAUAUUAGAAUUGUUUGAUGUCUUAUUGAUUUUUUUAUAGUUUUAAUUUCUGCUGCUUGAAAUAUAAUUGGUGUGUUAUUUUGUUGUAAUGCCUUCCAUAUCACUUAGCUUUCUAUUGCAUCUGUUAGCUGCAAUAGUUAUUUUACUUUUCUCUUUUCCUAAUAAUAAUUCACUGCUCCUAAAUUUCUUCAUGUAAGCAUUGCAUUGUUCAGAGGUUGAUUUUAUAGUUUAGUUUCAUGUUAUAGUUCAGAUUUAAAUUAAUUUAUAUAUACUUUUUAAUAUGAAAGAGAAAAGUAUGACCCUUCCGGGUUUCGUGACUCGAUCCUGGUUGGGCUGGAUAAGGCCGGUCCAGACCUAGAAGCUGUUUCAAAGUUCCUAGAUUCGGCCGGCUCAAAAUUAGACUAUAGACGCUAUGGGGAAGCAUUAUUUGAUAUCCUCAUUGCCGGAGGUCUACUCAUCCCCGGCGGGCAAAUUGCUCAAGAGGGAGACAAAAUGUGCAAGACUCAUUCAUGUAUUUUUGAGGCACCCUGUGACAUGGCAUCCCUCCGAAACUAUGAACAGGUUUUUACCAAGCUCAUGCGACGGUACAAAUACCUGGAGAAAAUGUUCGAGGAGGAGAUGAAGAAAGUUCUGGUUUUUCUGAAGGGCUUCUCUGAGCAGGAGCGGAUUAAACUCGCCAGAAUGACUGCACUCUGGAUAUCCAAUGGCUCCAUCCCGCCCACUAUCCUUCAAGUACUGAUAAAUGAACAUCUCAUCAAAGAUGGUCUCUCGUUGGAGUUCCUUCUUGAGGUGUUUGUGACAUGGAAACAGGAGAAAGGAAUGGCUGGUCUUACUUCAGGUCUAAAACGUGGAGGUCUUGAAGGAAGGCUUAUGGAAUUCUUCCCGCCUAAUAAACGCACUGAAGAACAUUUAAAAUCUGCAUUUGAUGACAAAGGUUUAUCCGAUCUUGUGAAGCUGCAUCUGGCUCAGGCCAGUCAAGAAGCAAAGCGAGAUCUUCAAAAAGAAUUAAAAGAAAAAUUAAUGGACGGGCAGCCUAUUAAGGAAAUAGUCACUGACAUUAGGGAUGCUGCUGCUAAGCAUCUGAUAUCUGAACAAGAAAUUAUAACUCUGAUCUGGAGCACUGUUAUGUCACUGGCUGAAUGGAAUAAAAAAGAAGAAUUAGUCGCUGAACAGGCUCUAAAACAUCUCCAAAAGUAUACCCAACUUUUUGCAUCAUUUACGGACAACACAAAAUCUGAAAUGGCACUCCUUCUCAAGAUUCAAGAAUAUUGCUAUGACAACAUGAAUUUCAUGAAAAUAUUUCAGAAAAUAAUACUGCUAUUUUACAAAAAGGAAGUGAUAUCUGAGGAGGUCAUUUUGAAAUGGUUUCGGGAUGGCCACUCAGUUAAGGGGAAGAUGAUGUUCCUAGAGCAAAUGAAAAAAUUUGUUGAAUGGCUACAAAAUGCCGAGGAAGAGUCCGAAUCUGAUGAAGAGGAGGAUUAAGCAAAUUAUUCAUCAAGUUCCAAGGUUUUGCACUAGUGAAAAAUCCAAGUGGUUCAGGACUCCUUACUUACCCUUGACACAACACAAGCCUUCAAAAGAACCAAAUCCAUGGGAAGAAUUUAAAAGAGCACAGGCAGGAAUCGCAAGAUGAGCAACCUAGAGAGACAAUCCUAAAAUUCAAUAAUAUAAAAAAAUAUAACACAGCAAAUUUCAAGUGCAUGUGGUGAUUGGAAUUAUUUCUACUAAUAUGUAUAUGUUUAGUGUUGAGGACUGGACUAGAAAUAUGCUUGUAAUGGUAAAGUUCUUUGACAGGGCGGCCAAAAUUAUCAAUUGGCGGUUAACCUAAUGUUAAUGUGUACUCCUGAACUGCUUUGUCUCUCUAUCUUGUAGUGACUGUCUCUUUAUUUGCUUCUCCUCUUUGUACAAUAUAUAUUUUGAUACAAGUUGAACUCUCUGGUGACUGCCAGCUGAGUUUAGACAGUUAUGUAUCUUCAUCUCUAACCGACCAGGUGCCUUAACUUCUAUUGGUGGACAGGUUUGUUAGAGUUAGGAAGUGGUAUAGGCUGCCUGUACUACAUUGUCAGUAAAGCUGUAGAUCUGAUGAUUGGGAUGUUCUGAGUCUCGUGAGAUUUUUCAGGUUUUAACAUUUAUAUUUAAAAUAAAAAAAAAUAAACCAAAAAAAUUUAAAAAUAGUAAAUAAGAACAAUGGAGGAUUAAUUAUUUAUAAUUACCCUUUAAUAUAGGGAUGUAUUUCCCUGAUGAAAUGGUGGGUGGGAACAGAGGUGUGGCUUUCUUUUAACAGCCAGCGCCCAGCUUGCAUUUCCAGUUUUCUCUUUGAAGAUGCAUCGUACUCUUCCUAAAAUACAUCUUCGAAUUAAGUAUUUUAACUCAAAUUGUUAGGUAUAGUGUUUUUUUGGUAUAGCCUUGAUUAUCAUUGUUUUCAGAAGUUCGUAAUUUUUUUCUUUUCUGAAAUCGAGGUUAUACCUUAUGUAUUAAAAAAGAGAUGGAGGUACAUAUUUCAUGACUAAUUGAUCAUUAUUUAUAAUUACUAUUGUAUUGUUUUAUUAGGUUAAUAAUUGAAAAAUGAACUAUUUUGUAUUAUGCGUACAUUAUCAUUUGUUAAAAUUUUUAAAAGUGUGCAGGAUGUACAAUUCAUUUAUAUGUGGGUUAUUUUAAAUACAGUGUUAUUAUUUUUAACUAAUAAAAUUGAUACCCGAGUUGAU